AUGAAACAAUUGAUUUUUGCUGCGACGAUAAUAUUUGUAGUCUUUUUUUUGACAAUUUCGGUCAUAUCAGUUUCUGUGAUACAUGACUGUACAUAUGAAAAAGAUAUUUGUAAGAUUGAUUGGACUAUCAAAGAUCAUAUAUGUGAACAUGAUGGUUGCGGUGAACGGCCAGUUGUAGUUGUUUAUGAUACCAAUAGAAAGAUGCCUAAUUGCUCGGAAUUUCCUGCGCCAACUAUUUACGUGAGACCAGGGCAGCGGAUUCAAGUUUUAGUAAGAAAUGAACUUAAUGAAGUGACUACAAUCCAUUGGCACGGACUUCAUAUGAGGAAUACGCCGUAUUCAGAUGGUGUUCCAGGUAUAACUCAAUGUCCAAUCAAACCUGGUAAAUCAUUUCUGUAUGAUUUUUAUGCGAAUGAUGAAUCUGGCACUCAUUGGUAUCAUUCACAUUAUAAAACUCAGCGUAUGGCCGGAUUUUAUGGCUUGUUAAUUAUUAAUGAGACUGAUACUACCUAUAAAGACUAUGUGGAUCACAUUAUACUUAUAUCAGAUUUAUAUCACGAAAACGAGCAAAUUUUAUUAGAUAAUUACCAAUAUACGACCAGCAAUUCACCUAGUACCAGUGUAAAAUACGAGCCCGUUCCGUACUCAAUUCUUAUUAAUGUAGAAGAUUGUUCUGAACACUGUGAAAAAAUUUGUUUUACUUCAGCCGAAACUGAACUAGUUGCGCAAAUAGAAUACCAUUUCUCUAUUGACAAUCAUGUGUUACGAAUCAUUGAGGUUGAUAGGCAGCACGUCGUGCACUCCGAUAGAGCAAAACCAAUCCAUCAUUUACAAAUUCAUGUUGCACAGAGAUAUUCGGUGAUUGCCUUCCGAGAACCAACAGCACAGAACAUAACCAAAUUUUGGAUCCGCAUAAAUACGAGACAUGAUUGCCUUCGGAAAAAUACACCUUGUUGUCAAAGGCAAAGAAUGGUUAAAAAUAUUCUAGUGACAAUUAGGUAUGAUUCUUCUGAAGGAAAACCAGAUACAAUUUCGGAUUCAUUGAUUGACUCUAGCUCGAGCAGAUGUGGUGGUUUUAAUCUAUCUUAUUUGGCACCAAAAAAUUCGUCAUCAUUACCACCAUCAAGAGUAGAUAAAACUUUUAAUUUGAGCAUUUUCAUGUUAGCAGAUCCUGAUUACAUUGGUUCAGGAGUUUACAAAUUAACCACAGUCGGGGAGGUGUAUAAAGAGAAUAACCCCAAAACGUAUAUUUCCUACGAUAAUUUCCAUAAUACAUUGGAAAGUGUAUAUGCUGAU